GUCGGAAGUCGUCGGUGCCGACGACGGGCCCGACGGCGGCGACGCGGCCGAGUGGGGACCUGAACGGCGUCCCGGCUGUCGUUCAGUUCCCGGGAUGGCCGGCUCGUCAGGUGUUGGUCAGUUGCAGUCGCCUGGUGACACAGAGGCAGAUCGAUAGGGAGGCUGAACGCGGGGAGACCGUCGACACCGGGUUCCGGUGAGGCGUCGGUGCGGAGGAGAAGCGGUGCGCGCGGCGGACUGACGACACAAGCAACAAGUGGACAAUCGUGGGAGCUGCACCGGGGGCUGCUGACGCUGUCAGCUCGUCCAGGUGCUGUCUGUGCCAGCGGAGCUGAAGAGCGUGACGAGGCUGGACAACGUGAGCAGCGGUUUCUGCCUCGCUGUGAUAGAUAGCUGUGAUCGAGUCGGUCAAUGAUCGACGCUCGCCCCACCAUGGCCGAGGCCUUGGCUGAAGAGCCCGACUACAACAUCUUCGAGAACAAGACGGGCCUAGCCGAGGACCUCAAGUUUCUGGCGAGCAUGCCGGAGCUGUGUGAUGUGACGUUUCUGGUCGGCGACACACGGGAGCCCGUCUGCGCCGUCCGCGCCGUCCUGGCCUCCCGCAGCAGAGUAUUUCACAAGAUGUUUUACUCGUCGUCAUCACCUCAGAGGAAGAAAGAUCAGCCUCAGAAGGAGAAUAAGCUCAGGUUAUUUCUGAAAAGAAGCAGCGAGCCACUCCUCAACAUUCAAAAUCCGACAGAAAAGCGUCAUGGCUUCUCACAACAGCUGGCUACUAUCCCCGAGCCGAACCAGAGUCAGCAUCAGACGCUCAUCAUUGAGGAGUUUGAGCCAGACGUGUUCCGUCAGCUCAUCGAGUACGUUCACACAGGCUGCGUGACGCUGCAGCCGCGCACUCUGCUCGGUCUAAUGAACGCCGCCGACUAUUACGGACUGGACGAGCUGCGCCGUGCCUGCGCCGGCUUCGUCCAGUGUUGCAUCAAUGUGGACACCGUGUGCGCCCUGCUGGCCUCCGCAGAGCGAUACAUACAGUACAAAUGCACCAAGUCCAUGGUUCAGAAGGUGCUGGAGUUUGUCGACAUGCACGGUAACGAGGUGCUCAGUUUGGGCUCGUUCACACUGCUGCCCCAGCACGUGGUCAGACUGAUCCUCGUGCGAGAGCUGAACGCAGACGAGCUCACCAAGUUCCAGGCGGCUCUGAUGUGGUCCAAGAAGUAUUGCGACAACUCGAACCUGGACCUGGGUGAGGUCAUCUCCACCUUCCUCGAGUACAUCCAGUUCCACAAGGUGCCGGCCACGAUCCUGAUGAAGGACAUCCGCCCGCUGGGCAUCGUGCCCGACCACAUCAUCAUGAACGCGUUGGCCUACCAGGCCGACCCGAGCAGCGUCGAGCCGUGCAGUUCGCGGCUCUCGCCCAAACGGGCGCGGCGCCUGCCCGUGCAGAGCUCACUGGACCCGUACGGCAGCAGCACCACCCUCUCGUCCAGCACGUCCAGCGACAUCAAUAGCGACCGGCACAGCUCGGACGGCAAGCACAGCUCCGAGGGCGGCUACACGGGCUCGCCGCUCGGCAGGAUAUCCUGAACGAAGCUGUCCCGAGGCGACAAGUAUCAGUAGAAAGCUGGUGUACUCUGACGACCGAGACUCGAGUGGCUAUACUGCAGAUCAUAUCAGUCUGUGGCUGCAUCCAAGUAAUGUUGGUGGGGAGUUUGGGUGGACUCAAAUGAAAAGAAGUUGAAAACCGUUAACCGAGAGAUACCCUUUUCAAGUUUCUCAGUGCUUGAGCGAGGAACAUAUUAAAGCAUAUUUGAAUAAUGACCUUAUCCUCGUAUUCAAAAAGGUUAAAUCAAAACACCUUUUUAUUAAAAAUUUCGAGCACAGCUCCUCAUCAGAAUAUCAAGUCGAAAAUGCCGCGAUAAAAAUCCAACCUUUGACUGCAUAACUCAUUGCAAAAUUAAUACCCGCCAAACAUUUCCGCGCGCAAAUUCUCGAGGAAUUUGUACUAAUUUCUUAACCUUUUUAAAUACGAGGAGAGAUACCUUUUCACGCAAUUAAAAGGCAGGGUGUAAAUAAACGUUACGUUUUUGAAAGGGGUUGGGCGGGUUACUCAUGGGAUGGAGACAGACCUUGCAUUGGACGCGCAGCUCCGUCAGUAAGGGUGGAAACGUCUCAGCUCGUGUUGGAACAGUCGGAUGAUCGCGUAGGUAGGUGAUCAUUCUGAUCAUUCUGCCGGACGUUCUGCAAUCUUGCAAGUUGCAACUCCUAAAAUGUGUAUUUCGUUGCCUCCUGAACCCUGACUGCGGUCCAAAUCUCCCGAAGGUGUGUCACCAACCGUCACUUGAUUGCCACCCGAUGUUGUCGACUGUCGUCACAAGUGUUGCACUUUCAUGAUGAAAAAAUGACACGUUUUUAGAGUGAAAGUGCGGAGUCUGUAGGAAUGUUAUGUACCUAUUACCGUAUAUUUGGGGUCAAAUUAGCCCUGGAUGCAAUUUUCUCCAGUUUGUAUCCGACUGCGCUCAGAUUGUGUGACUUUGUUUUGAAUUGAACCGGAAUGAGUAACACUUGUCUGAGUACCUAUACCUAUGGUCUAUGUAGCUUGUCUAUGAAACAUUACCUUACCAUGCAUAUAUCUUUGAUCUUUUACACUCUGCAAUGGAUGUUUUGUAUCCAUCAGCACUGGGAAGGGAAACUCGUCAUUUAACGAUAUUCACCGCCUGUCAAAAAUAAACUUCUUAAAAGUAAA